AUGGAUUGUUUUUCUGUUUCAUCCACACCGGAACCGCAUUCUACUACUCCUCUGCGCGGAACGUUCGCAUGGGAUUUAGAGCAUAUGGACUACAAUAUUAGAUGGGAAACUAAGGAGGAAUUCGAUGCUUGGUUGAGGGAUGAGGAGUUCAUCGUCCUUGGGACUUAUGAUCCGGAACACUCGCAUCCGAUCGGAAGAGACAACCUGAAAUACACCAGGCUGUCCGGAAUCACUAGAGCUCAUAUAUUUGAGCUUCUGCAGCUCAAAGUUCACCCACAAGAAAUAUUGCGCCAGCUGCAGGAUGGUGUUUUCGAUGGUCCCUCAGCUGAAAUCAAUUUCGAUUCGGUUAAAAGAGAUCAUUUAGUCAGUAUGAGGGAUAUUUUACGCAUUAAAAAGGAGCUUGAUGCAGUUUCUAUUCAUCUUCACCCAAAUGAUGGAAUCUCGUUGGACUUUUAG